AAGUGCAAUCGUGUCGUAGAAAAUUUUUAAAGAAAUUCCUUUUUCUUUUUUUAUCAAAAUAAUACAAUUUACAAAUCUGCCAAUAAAUUAAAAUCAUUUGUAAUCAAUUUAUUAUAUAUUUUAUUAUAUAAAUGUAAUAAUAUUGAGUGAGAAAAUUGUAUGAAUUACAGAGAAAAAGUGAAAACAAAAUAAAGGAAAUACCAAAUACAAAGUGGACGGACACAAAUUCAUCGUCAUACAACACACAUACAUCAUCGUCAGAACUUUACUUGUAAUUUUUAUUUUUUUGUUUUCCAAUUUAUUUUCUUUAUUUUUUUUGUUAAAAAAAAAAAUGUCGAUUGUUUAUUUAACUUUUGUGCUGGAAUUAGACGGUUAAUUUAGAACGCAUAAUAUUGCUUAACAUUUGUUAGAAUUCCCACAACAUUAAUCACAGCAAAUGGCGACUUCACCACGUUCAGCAGACACAAUAUCGUUGUGUUCAACGGUAUCAAGUUGUCCCGAUCGAAAUGGUUUCUAUGGCGGCUUUCAACGCACUGAUAAGCCUAAAGAACCUCUUUCAAAAGCACAAAUUCUAGCUCGCGAAAAGAAAUGGAUACACAUGACUGAAAAUUGGUCUAUUUAUAUGUCAAAAAAUUAUAAAAAGAUAAGAGAACGCUGUCGCAAAGGAAUACCCAAAUCAGUAAGACCCAGAGCAUGGUUUUAUCUCUCUGGUGCUUAUUUAUUGAAAAAGAAACAUGGAAAUCUUUAUGAGACACUAUUACAAAAACCCGGAAAUCCUCAAGUCAUUGAAGAAAUCAAAAGGGAUAAACAUCGACAAUUUCCUUUCCACGAAAUGUUCCUAGACGAGGAUAAAAUUGGCCAAAUUGAAUUGUUUAAUGUAUUGAAAGCAUAUUCUAUAUAUAAUCCAAAAGUGGGAUUCUGUCAAGCGCAAGCACCAAUUGCAGCAUUUUUACUCAUGCAUAUGCCAGCUGAAGAUGCAUUUUGGGUUUUUGUCAGUGUAUGUGAUGUAUAUUUGGAAGACUAUUUCAUGUCUGGCUUAGAAGUUCUUCAAAACGAUGCUGCCAUUCUUGAGGGUCUAUUAAAGAAAACCUUCCCUUCUGUCUAUCGGCAUUUACAAAAACAUAAAAUCGAGCCACUUCUCUAUAUGACAGAUUGGUUUCUAUGUGCAAUGACUCGAACACUGCCAUGGGAUACCCUCUUACGUGUUUGGGAUUGUUUCUUAGCCGAAGGCAUACGCGUAAUCUUCAAAGUAGCCCUCGUGCUACUUGGCGCAUCCCUUGGUCGGCAAAAAAUACGCAAACAAUGUAAUGGACUAAUUGAAACUCUAGAAGUCCUUAAAUCCCCACCUGAAAAAGUUCUCGAAGAGGAAUUUAUUUUGAAUAACAUCCAACGAUUGAAUCUUACAGUUCAAGAUUUUGAAAUUGAACAUACACGUCAGAAACAAAAACGAGAAAAACUGAGAAAAAUGGAACAACAACACGAACAAGCGGCGAAUGGUAGUAGUAGUGGUGGAGGAGGACCGAAGUAAAACGAAGUAGAUAGAGAAUCUACUUGAGGAUAGGCACAUAAACACCCACACACACUAAUUAUUAUAGUAGAUAACUUUUUUCUAUCGAAUAAUUUACAAUUUAUUUAUAUA